CUAUCUGGAGCUUCAUCAUGGUGGAGCCCAGUGCCUCCGGCGUGUUCUGCAGCCGGAUGCUGAGCAUGGUCAAUUCCGAGGACGUCAACGCCAUCAUCCAGGCUCAGCGGCACAUGCUGGACCGCUUUGAGAAGACCAACGAAAUGCUGAUCAACUUCAACGGCCUGUCCAACGUGCGACUGCAGCAGAUGAAUGAGCGCUUCUUGCUCCACACGCGUACCCUCGUCGAGAUGAAGAAAGAUUUGGACAGCGUCUUCCGACGGAUUAGGACGCUCAAGGGGAAGAUUGGCAAGCAGUACCCAGAGGCUUUCAGUAACAUCCAUGAGUCACCCAUCCCGGAGAACGACGACAAUGAUGACUUGGACCCGGCGCCACCAAGUGGAGCCGCCACCAUCACCAUGGCCACCUCAGGCCAGAGCUCAGAUUUCUGCGACUCCAGUCCUGACGUUGUUUCGCCCGCUGCCAGCAGAUGUUCUGAAGAGCUCUCCCAAGAAGCGCCCGACACACCCGUUUCGGACACCGGACUGCAUCGGACGGCUGGACUGCAGGAUGAGGGCCCAGACUCUGUUUCGGCUGAGUAGCUUCACGUUACACGUAGAUGGACUCAACUUCAAUAUUUUUUUUUAAAUACAGUGGUAAGUUAACUUACCACUUUCGAGUUAUGUUAGUUUUUGAGUUAUGAGUCGCUUGAACGAAGUGGGGGAACAAAUGGAGCAGUUACAGUACUGUAAUGCCCUUGCAUGUGGGCAAGGAGAGCGACAGUCGCAGAUGCACUUUAAGCAGUUCAGUGAACGGGACACAUGGUCAAACACACAAAUGGAAAAUGAGAACACUUGCAAGGAUCUGCAGAAGGCCACAGCUGAGACCCAGUAGCUUGCACGCAGGCAAAAAUUAACCAACUCCAGCUCUUGAUGCCACUCACGUGGCCACACCCUCUAGAGACAUGCAUCAUGUUUGUUGUUCAGCAUUUGCAAAUUUGUAGCUUUUUGGGAGGCUUGGGGUGGGGGGUGGGGGCAUAAUGACAACAGUCCAACUCAAAACCGGAAGGCCGGAACUGGCAUUUGAAUCCAGAACCAUGGCACUGCGCGUUAGACACGCUCACCAGUAGCACACCAUUCUUAGUUCUCUUUAUUUGAAAUUUAUUAGGUACUAUUUACAAGUCAAGCUUUCAGUGUCAAAACCAUUGUUAUUAUUAUGAAUCAUCAUUGACGAUCACAAGUACGCCAAUAUGCGAUGCAUGUGCAAUUGUGUCUUCAGUAAAUGGUCCACUUUA